UUGGUGCCUUCUUCAGAAAGCCAUUGAGAGUGGAAGUGCUGGAGAAGGCCAUUCAGUGGGGAAAUUUGCUUUUCCCUCUGUUCGGCCUGAAAGCGAAAACCACAUUGGGAGAGAGCAGUUGAGUGCUGCACAUCACAAAGGUGCUGGCUCUGCUGUGAGCAUUUAGGGGUAAGGCUGGAGGGGGUCUACCUGUAGGGCAGAGGCCAGGGUUUGGUGUGUGUUUUAUUUUGCCUUGCUUGUGCCUCUGAAGAUGGCACGAACAAGGAAAUGAGCUGUGCUUGUUCCACGUGCUGUGCUAGAACUGACAGCACACAGGAUUUGAAAAGAAGUCCCCUUCGUGAUGCUAUUGGGUUGAAACCUGCAGCUGGCAGUAAAAAGACAACGUUCUGGGUUUCGCUUUGGAGGCAAACAGGUUCAGAGGCAGGUAUGGACCUAAGUAAUCCUCAGGAACAGCCACUGGCUGCAGAAGGACAGGAGGUUUUGACAGACUGUAAUCUGAACAAAUCCCAGGAAAUGGAAAGGAUGGAUAAUGCAGCAGAUAUGAAGGAACACAGUCAGUCUAAUGAAGAAGCAGAAGAUGAUGUGGUUAAAGUGAAAGGUGAAUACAGUAAAAGAGAGGAGAGUGCUUUACAUUCAGAGCCAAUGGAAACCCCUGAAGAAUCUGAACUGCCUUACACCUAUCCCAGAGAAUAUAAUGAAUAUGAAAGCAUUAAACUGGAAAGACAUUCGGGUUCAUAUGACAACAUCAGGCCAGCUAGUGGGAAAAUGACUUGUGAUAUCUGUGGAUUAGCAUGUAUUAGCCUCAAUGUCUUGAUGGUUCAUAAGCGUAGCCACACUGGUGAACGGCCAUUCCAGUGUAAUCAGUGCGGAGCUUCCUUUACUCAGAAGGGAAACCUCCUCCGCCACAUUAAACUACACACAGGGGAAAAACCUUUUAAAUGUCAUCUUUGCAGUUAUGCCUGCCAAAGGAGGGAUGCGCUAACAGGUCACUUAAGGACACAUUCUGUGGAGAAGCCAUACAAGUGUGAGUUCUGCGGGAGGAGCUACAAGCAGAGGAGCUCGUUGGAGGAGCACCGGGAGCGGUGCCGUACGUACCUGCAGAACGCUGGCAUGUGUGAGCCUGUAGCGAGCGUGGAGGGAAGGCACAUCAAGGCAGAGAUGGGGAGUGAAAGAGCCCUUGUGCUGGACAGGCUAGCGAGCAACGUGGCAAAGAGAAAAAGCUCAAUGCCUCAGAAAUUUAUUGGUGAGAAACGCCACAGUUUUGAUGUUAAUUAUCAUUCAAGUUUCAUGUACGAAAAGGAAAGCGAUGUGAUGCAAGGACGUAUGAUGGACCAGGCCAUAAACAAUGCCAUCACCUACCUGGGGGCUGAAGCCUUGCGCCCUCUUGUGCAGACACCACCAGCUCCCACCUCCGAGAUGGUCCCCGUCAUCAGCAGCCUGUACCCCAUUGCGCUGACUCGCGCUGAGGUGCCCAACGGCACCUCGCAGGAUGCUGAGAAGAGCCACCCCCACCUAAGGGACAAAAGCCUGUCUUCAGACAGAGGCCUCUCCCCCAACAACAGUGGCCAAGACUCCACAGACACUGACAGCAACCACGAGGAGCGGCAGAAUCCCGCUUUCCACCCAAGCCAGAUGCUCCCCGCUCAGGCCCGCAACGGCCUCCAGCCCUUGAAGGACUUCCCAAGGCCGUACGACAUCAUCAAGCCGCCUGCCAUAUGCCCACGAGAUGCCUUCAAGGUCAUCAACAAGGACGGGGAAGCCAUCGGGGUGUACCGGUGUGACCACUGCCACGUCCUCUUUUUGGAUUACGUGAUGUUCACCAUCCACAUGGGCUGCCACGGCUUCCGUGACCCCUUCGAGUGCAACGUCUGCGGGUACCGGAGCCACGAUCGCUACGAGUUCUCGUCCCACAUAGCCCGAGGAGAGCACCGGGUGGUGCUCAAGUAAAAGGACCCGUUUCACAAGGUCAGAGGGGAGGCUCGUUGGGUUGUCAUUAGCAGG